AUGGUAUUGGAUUCCACGUACAAGGAUUUGGUGUUUGGUCAAUGGAUAGUCAAAGGAUUCAGCCCAGAAAAUAUUCUCGACAUUUUUUAUUUUGCACACAAGCCUGUGGUCAUUAAAGUUACGGAUCAACUAUUUUUGGCUGAAAGCCAAUUGCGCCACAAUGAUUUUUUGAAAGCACUUCGCAAAUACGUAUCGGAAGAAGAUUUGGAUAAAAUGAUUCCAUCACAAGAGUUUAAAAAGGCUUUUUUGGAACAAGUUGAUGGCGUGCGUGACGACUUUUUUAGAAUACUGCGGUCUUGGCGAAUGAAUUAUGCUUUACGCAAAAACAUUCGCCCAGAUAAGUUGUUUUCCAGAAUGAACAAAGAGUCGCUUGUUUUAGAAAAUCCAGACAGCCCUAAGCUGUUGUGGAUGCUCGAUUACGUCGUUCGGCAUAGGAAACAGUCUACAUAUACCGACAUCGAUCUGUUCGUAUUCUUGAUUUCCAAACUCUCGUUUGAAUCGCUGAUGAAGGUGUUGAGAUUUCAAUGGAAAUACCCGCGGAUAAAAAAGCUAGCAGACGAUGUGCUGAACUCCAUGUUUUUUUCCACAACCAUGCUUACGGUUUUGGCGAAAUCUGGAGUCAAAUCUGAAGAAUACUAG